AUGCCAUGGCAUGCCGACUACAACCACAGCCCCGGAUUCGAGGCGCUCACUGAGUUCGUCUAGCAGUCGUUGAUCGAGGUUCGAGAGGAUCGCCCAUACGCCUAAGUAUGUGGCAGGGCAAUCCUCUAGGAUGUCUCAGUCCUUUACAAUGGGGGACGUCCUAGGCCUCCCCGGCACAAUCGGAUUCUCCAGAUAGGUCGGUCGAUGACGACUACAACAUCAAGGCGAUUGUCAAUUGGCAACUAGCCCGAUUUGUCCCGGCAGAGGAGGCUUUUGGCCCAAGUCUCUUUACAGCGAAUAUUGGACAGUUGUACGGCGGUACCCCUGGGUUGGGAAGCGACGAUCAUAUGUUUGCCAGCGAAGUUCAACAGACUGGAAACCAAGAAUUAAUCAAGUUCGCUUCGUCAGAUGACCUUGCGCGUCGUUUCCAGCUUGGGCUCGCCGACCACUUCGGUAUCGCAAGAUGGCGGACCCUCAUUGGGUUGUGCGGGAGUCUUUUUGAACAAGAAUAUAACGACCAUACCAGCACCCUUCCCACCUUGUCAACCAGAACAGGUUGGACAAGCGGAUGCUGGGUCGUGUCCUAUUCGAACAAGAAUAUAACAAAGACAACUCGAAGUUUUGGAUUGAAAGAAAUUGGGAGUUGUAAACUCGAAGUUUGA